AUGGACUUAUCCACGGAUGCCAUCGAGCGCAAGGGCUCGGUGCAUCAUGAUACGCAUGCUACACCACCACAAUUCAUUCAGAAGGAACAUUGGCGAUAUCAAAGCAUGCGUAAAGCUGACCUAGACACCGACCCAGACAUUUUUGACCUUAGCAAACGCGACCAGUUUAGUGAAGAUCACAAAGACAUCUGGCGUCCUGCAGGCAUCAUUCCCGCGACUCAGAUUGAAGCUGCUUGCCAGGCAUAUGCAAGGGGCAAACCACUCGCUAUACCUGCAGAAGAUGCGCAGAUCUUCGAACAUCGCGACUUCCCUGGCCUUCAGGUUAUAUCUGGGCUUCUUCCCCCUGAGACACAAGUCCUUUUUACGUCAUGUCUCAUGCACCGAGAUCUGGCAGAUGCAGGCCACAAGAUCAACCUCCAGGCGGAUUAUGAUAUCCCGUACCCUCCGAAACCCACAUCAGACGAACUGCGAUUCGACAGUAGCUUUUUUCUGCGUCAACGAGCAGCACCGGAGGAUUGUUUAAUGCCGAAAGUUCAAAACAAGCUGAAUCCUCUCAACAACGAGCAAUUUUUGUACACCAAGCUUCGUUGGCUAACACUCGGCGAGCAAUACGAUUGGCCUACUCGUAGCUAUGCAAAGCAUGCAACGCCAUUCCCGGCAGAUUUAUCAACACUUGUGACUGGUCUCUUUCCCCAUAUCCGGCCAGAAUCUGGUGUGGUUUUGAUGUACUCAGCUAAAGACUUUAUGCCUGUACAUCGCGACGUCAGCGAGCAGUGUCAGAGAGCGCUUGCAAGUUUCAGCGUCGGAUGUGAUGGUAUCUUCAUCAUGGCACGAGGAGAAGAUGAUGGAGAGGGUGAGAAUGCGCCCAGAAGCGUUGCCAUCCGAGUCCACAGUGGCGACGUUGUGCAUCUGACCGGCGACGCUCGCUGGGCCUGGCACGCGAUGGCGCGUUCGAUACCUAGCACAUGUCCAUCCUACCUUGCAAGUUGGCCAGCAGGUACACCAGGCUCUACAGCGGCUGAAGAGAAAGCCUACAAGAAGUGGAAGGGCUACAUGGGCACCAAGCGCAUCAACAUGCUAAUCGCCGGUCUUGGUGUUGGUUCCUCUGCCGGUAUCUACGUUGCGCUUAAUCUUCUAGGAGCUGGUGGCGGGAAGCCGGAUUCGGCGCAGGUAGUCCAGGUUGUCAAUGCGACGCUAUGCGCAGUAUGGUUCUUCUCUUCGUCCUUUGGUGGCUCUAUCUUGAACAAGCUUGGACCUGGCCUUACCAUGUGCAUUGGCGUUCAAACCUACGCCGUGUACGUAGGAUCUCUCUGGUACUACGAUGAGACAGGCAAGAGCGCUUACCCAUACGCCGCCGGUCCUAUCAUCGGUAUUGGUGCAGGAAUGGUAUUUAUCACUGCAGGCUACGUUGCAACUGGCUACCCCGAAGAAAGAGAAAAAGGAUCCUAUGCGACGAUACUCAUGAACAUGCAAGCGCUCGGUUCGGUCAUUAGUGGCAUUAUCCCAGUCAUCAUAAACAGGAACUCGGAUACUGUUGCUGGUGUACCUCGAUCAGUAUACAUUGCUUUCAUAGUCAUCAUGGUCAUUGGUGGCCUACUGUGUCUAACUUUGCUUCGACCACACAAGCUCACGAGAGACGAUGGCUCUGUUGUCGCUGUUGAUCGACCAAGAGGAGUUUGGGAGGAGCUCAGAACGAAUCUGUUAGUCUUCACAGACCCCAUACUCCUCAUGAUGCUACCGGCAUUUCUACCAGCUGAAGGGUUUUUGGUGUACAGCGGAUCAGUAAAUGCUUUCAGUAACAAUCUCCGCACACGCUCACUGCUUUCUUUCAUCGCUGUUGUCAUACAGAUACCAGCAGGGUGGGCGUUGCAAUACGUCCUCGAUUACCCGGGAUGGGGUCGCCGCAAGCGCGGACUGGUCGGCUUGACAAGUGUUUGCAUCCCUCUAGUCAUUGCGUGGGUCUGGGAGAUGAUCCGAACUCGAAACUACGAUCGCAACAAUCCACCCACCAACCCUACAGAUUGGGACGAACCAAAAUUUGGAUGGAUUUUCUUUCUUUUCAUGCUCAACUGGACCUUCUCACAGCUUUGGCAUAACAUCGUCUACUACUGGAUCGGCGCUCUUACGAAUUCUCCUCAGAAGCUUACGCACUAUGUUGGUGUCUUUCGCGGCGUGCUUGGAGCGGGCGAAGCCAUUUGUUUCGGCCUCGAUAGCAUCAAGAUACCUUUCAUCGCUGAGGCAGGUGGCAUCUUAUUGUUUUAUGUGAUAGGGAUCGCAAGUUUCUACUACUUGGGGAUAUAUCAUAUGCAAGACACAAACUACGAUCGAACCGAGGAGGGCGUGGUGGUACCUAACCAUAUUCUGGAGACGGAGGGAGUAACACCAGAUCAGGAAAUAGUUUCAAGAGACAGAGAAGAAAAAGAGGGGCAUGUCGCGGAGAGCGAGAAGGAUGAGUCGAGUGGCAAUGGGAAGGUCUGA